AUGACCACCCAAAACGACCCCCCAGGCGACCCCAAAACACUCAAAUCGCAAAUCCUCGAAACCGGCGCCGCAGCUGUACAAGACUUCACGCCUGUAAAACAAAUCUGCGCUCAUCUAAACGCCUUCCACGUCUACGUCGACGACCCGACCCGCUGCGUCGAGGCUAACCACUACUGUUCGCAUAUCACAGAAGACCUAAGACAAUGCCUCCUCUACUCCUCCCCAGACCGCAACGCCAAACUCCUCGGCGUAGAAUAUAUGAUCACCCCCCGCCUCUUCGCGACCCUCCCCCCCGAGGAAAAGAAACUCUGGCACACCCACGAAUACGAAGUCAAGAGCGGUAUGCUCGUCAUGCCUGCGCCGUCUGGCAUGCCCUCGACCGUAUGGGAAACGGCCGAAACGGCCGAGAUGAGGGAUAUAUUGCCGUUGUAUGGCAAGACGUAUCAUUUUUGGCAGGUGGAUCGCGGGGAUCCGGUGCCGUUGGGGGCGCCGAUGCUUAUGGGGAGUUUUACUACUGAUGAGGAUGUGAAGAGGGUUCAUGAGGGGGGGUUGGAGGGGUUGUGUAAAGAUAGGGAUGGGAGGUUUGGGGUUGAUGUGAAGCAUAAGAGGGAGGUUAGGAAGGGGAUUGAGAGGCCCGAGGGGUGGGUGGUUGAUUCUGGCGAUUGGCAACAUGAACCAACAACCAUUGAUUCCAAAUGGACCAUCAAGGGAAGAUAA